CAAUGCCACGGGGAGCUGGGGGGGGGCCGGAGGAGCUAUAUAAGAGGGCCACUCUCCUUCGCACCACGUCACUUCUUCAGCGUCCCUCCUAUCACGAUGACCUGCAGGGUAUUCCUUCUAGCCGUGUUGGCAGCGGUGGCGUGCGCUGAGCCUGAAGUCAGCUCCCACGUCAGCAUCACCACGGGAGGUCACACCACCUCCCACAGCUCCCACAGGCCCCACGCCCCCGCCCACGCUCCUGUCCCCCACCGCCCUGCCCCUCACCACCCAGCCCCUCACCACCCAGCUCCUCGUCUCCCGGUUCAUCACGCCCCUGCCCCACGCCACCCUGCUCCUCAUCACCCAGCUCCUCACCGCCCAGCCCCCGCCCCUCACCGUCCCGUCCACCGCCCAGCCCUCGCCCCUCACCGUCCCGUUCACCGCCCAGCCCUCGCCCCUCACCGUCCCGUCCACCGCCCAGCCCUCGCCCCUCACCGCCCCGUCCACCACUCCGCCCCCGUCCCUCACCGCCCCGUCAACCACUCUGCCCCCGCCCCUCACCGUCCCGUCCACCGCCCAGCCCCCGUCCCUCACCCCGCCCCGUCCACCGCCCAGCCCCCGUCCCUCACCGCCCCGUCCACCAUCCAUCCCCCGCCCCAUCCUACACUCCUGAACCCAUUUACAGGCCAACCUACGAGCCAGAACCCACCUACCAAGCCCCAGAGCCUACCUACCAUGCUCCUGAGCCUACUUAUGAGGAGCCUGAGUCUUCCUAUGAACACGGCCCACCUGCCCCGACCUAUGCUCCUCAUAGACCCACCUACGCCCCCAGACCCACCUAUGCUCCUCCUACCUCAACCUACGGCCCACCCAUCUCUUCCUAUGCUCCGCCAACCCCCUCCUACGGCACCCCUCAUCACUAACACUGAGGGAGAUGAUGUGAUUGAUGUGUUUCUGUAAGGAUUUAUUUAUCGACGAACUUCAACGAGCAUCAAUUAAACCUGCAAAAAAAAUGUUGGCUCUGUUAUUUAUCUUUUUGUGAAACGCGCGCACACACACACACACACACACACACACACACACACACACACACACACACACACACACACACACACACACACACACACAGAGAGAGAGAGAGAGAGAGAGAGAGAGUACUGUUUCAUCUUCCUCGUUACGUUAGCGGAAGGAAACAGCGUAAAAUCUGGUGAAAAAUUAAUGUUAAGAUAAGAAACGCGUCAUUUGCAGACCUAAGGAAGAAAUGACAGAUGGAGGCUUGGCUUCAUGUUAGAGAACUGUGGUAAUUCAUUUAACUAUUCAUUUAUCUAUAUUCAUCAUAUGAUUAAUUUAAUAUAAGAGGAGCAAAUUUAUGUUAAGAGGUAAAUCAUGCGCAAAUCAAAGGAUACGUCCGUAAAUACGAUGCACUCAAUUUUCUGCAAUUGAAACCUAUUA